GCAGGCGGUGCUGGCCGCGGGCUGCGAGCAGGGGGGCUGGAGGAGCGCCUUGGGGCGCAGUGCGGGGCACCCGCGAGCCCAGGGCGAGGUGUCCAACGAGCAGACGGCGCCCCUGGGAGCCUUGCCAACCGGCAGCAGGACUACAGAAUGGUACCCCUAAAUGGAGAGAGAUUACAGGGGUGAUCAGAGAGAACGAGAAACAAGGAAGGCUUCUGAAGGAGCUCUGGGCCUUUCCAGCUCCCAAAGUCAAUAAUGAGACCCCAGAUGUGUCCAGGGACAUCCUGAAGACAUGUCAGGACAUCCUGAGGGGCUGAGGAGCCUUAGGGCACCCACAGGGAGAUUCCUGGAGCCAACCAGGAGCCAGUGAAUUUGCUGUUGUUUGCAGAUCUCUAGAUGUUUUUCACCUUGCAAAACUGAAACUCUGUACCCAUUGAACAACAACUCCUGGUGAUAAUCUUUUUUGAUGGAUGAGGAAACGGAAGUGCAAACAGGGCGAGAAACUUAUUUCCCUCAAAAGCAUCCUCCGAUUCUUCCCCCACCUGAAUCCCUGUUGCUAUGAAGACCACCAAUGGGACUGAGACCUGGUAUGAGAGCCUGCACGCUGUGUUGAAGGCUCUAAAUGCCACUCUUCACAGCAACUUGCUCUGCCGGCCAGGGUCAGACAACCUGACUGAGGAGAGGCGGGCCAGGCUACCUGGCCGCGAUGACAACUCCUACAUGUACAUUCUCUUCGUCAUGUUCCUAUUUGCUGCCACUGUGGGCAGCCUCAUCCUGGGAUACACCCGCUCCCGCAAAGUGGAUAAGCGCAGUGACCCCUAUCAUGUAUACAUCAAGAACCGUGUGUCUAUGCUCUAAUGCUAAGAGGCCGGGGAUGGCAGAAGAUCAAGAUUCCUAAGGAUUAUCUUGUGGGACCUCCAGAACUCAGCUAUGUGUUACAUCAGGCCUCAGUGUUCUAAUCUGUAAGAUCAACAAGAAACAGUACUAAGGGAGGUCAUCAUUGGGGAAGGAGGAGAGGAUCUAGCAGACCUAGGCCUUGUGGAUAAGGAUUUUUUCCAGCAAAGAUAGACUUUAUAGACAGUAGGAGCCCUUUGAACAAAUACAUAAAAGUGGCAGGAAUUCUCUGGUGGUCCAAUGGUUAGGACUCCAUGCUCUCACUGCCAAGGGCCUGGGUUCAAUCCCUGCUCAGGGAACUGAAAUCCCACAAGCCAUUC